AUGGUUUACGCCAAGCCCACUUCUUCGACUGGUGCUAUGAAACGGUCCGCUUCUGCUCUUCAUGAGGGCCCCCCCCGGCCUAUGAUGACCCCUUCUCGGCCAUCUGUCCGUUUGCCUUACGCCCACUAUGCUAUGAUUUACCUCGACAAUGAGGGCAAGAUCAAGGUUGACGAGUCUUCCUCCAUUCAAGAAAAGAACUCCACUCUUUUCACUCCUGAGGUCCGCCAGAACUUCCUCGAAAUCCUUGGUGAGAGUGUGAGCCUUCAGCCUGGUGCCCGUCGUACCAUGGAGGCAUCCCCUCGCCGAGUUCGUCGCCGCCGCGGAGAUGCGCCUGGCAGCUCCGUCAAUGGUUCUCGCUACGAUGAUGGCUCUGAUAGUGAUGACUACUCUACUAAUGCAUCCUCUGAUAUGGUUCCCAUCCGAGUGGGAGAUGUCCAGAAGGUCAUGAGCUACUAUGAGGGUGCCCUGAAGCAUUUCCAACAACUCAACUGCCGUAUGGUUGCCAAGGCAUUCAUCAAAUUCAUUGAGCCCCGCAAGCAAGUAAGACACCCUUACAACGGAGGAAAGCCCCCACCAGGAUCCGCUCCCGGCGCCACUGGCGACCCAGAAAAGACUAAGCCCGAGUGGUGGCCUCCGGGUGUUAUGCACAAGGAGCCCGACCACCUUCGAAAAGAGUACCGCAUUGAGCUCUUGCUCCACAUCAUUCGCAAACUUGGUGGCUAUGGAAUCACAGCCGAUAAGCUUAAGGAAGUCGCUGGCGACACUAAGCGCAGUUUGAAGCACCCCUCGCAUGUUGAGAUCAUCUACGAGAUCCUUCGAGUGAGAAAGAUGGAAGAGCGAUUCGAGCGCGGUGAAGUUGAUGGCAACAUGGUUGUCUUCAUUCAAAACCGGGGGCCAAGCCCCAAGGGUGACGGUGACGAGGACGAGGACUCCAACGAGCCUGCAUCACUUGAAGUACCAGAACUCAUCGAAGAUGGCCUCAUGACACCCACAUCGUCCGUCGAGCACCUCGCCCCAUUGACCACACCCAUCGAUACUCUUCCCAUCGGAGCCCGCAGCUUACCUGGUAGCUUCUCUAUGCCUGAGAUCAACUUCGAAGGUCCUCGACAAGAUCGACCCUACUACACCACCCCACCCCACUACACAGACUCCUUCUCCUCCCAGCCUAUGCUCAGCACCCCAGUCACAGCAGAGAUGAUCAGUCCCCACGAUGUCUCAGUGUUUGACUACUCUCAACCUCAAUUCCCCGGCUCCAGUCCAGAGCAACAGCGGCACCAAGCUCCUGGGCACUACGACCCAUGGGGUGCACCAACAUUCCGUCAGAAUGUCUUCGGGUCUGUGGACUAUGGUGUUCCAACAAGUAGUCAAUCUGUGACUCCUGUCUCCAUGCCAUACCAUAUGCCUAUGGCAUCACCGGCACAGUUGCAUGACAUGUCCCACCAACACCCCCACGCACAGUCCCCAAUGGAUCCCAUGGCACAACGGUCUUUGCCCUUCCGUACUGGCUCCCUGGGACACCCCCAUCCUCACGGGCUGCCACUAUCUCACCCUGCCUAA